GAGAGGUGGGGCGGCGGUCGCGCGCCGGCUGUUCGCGUCCCCGCCGCUUUCUCAGCAGCGGGAGUGGGCGCUUGUGAGCGGGUCGGCAGCGGCGCUGCUGCUGCGGGGCGCGCGCAACGUCCCAUCUCCGAGGUUUCCUCCGGCCGCCUGUCCCUCCGGCUCUGUUCUGUGGCCCGGCAUGGAGCUCUUCCAAGCGAAGGACCACUACAUUCUGCAGCAGGGCGAGCGGGCGCUCUGGUGUAACCGUGCUGACGGCACCUUCCAGCUCCGUCCCGCUACUGACCUUCUCCUUGCAUGGAAUCCAAUUUGUCUCGGGUUGAUAGAGGGAAUUAUUGGGAAAAUUCAGCUUCAUACAGAUCUGCCAUGGUGGUUGCUUCUUAUUCGCCAAAGAGUAGUGGUUGGCAAGCUUCCAGGGGAUCAUGAAGUAUGCAAGGUAACAAAGAUUGCAGCAGUACCACUUUCAGAAGCAGAACCUCAGGAUCUGGAGUUGGAGCUCUGUAAAAAACAUCAUUUUGGGAUAGACAAGCCAGAAAAGAUUACACAGUCUCCAGAUGAAUCUAAAUUUCUAAUGAAGACCUUCACUCAGAUUAAAUCCAAUGUUUCUACUUCUAAUAAAAAGAAGGUCAGAGAAAGUAAAGAGAAGGAGAGACUAGAAAGGAGACUUCUAGAAGAAUUGUUGAAAAUGUUUAUGGAUCCAGAUUCCUUUUAUUACUGUUUGACUUAUGACCUAACUAACUCUGUGCAAAGGCAAAGUGCAUGUGAGAAGGCCAACUUGCCACUUUGGAAGAAGGUUGAUGACAGAUUUUUUUGGAACAAGCACAUGGUUCAAGAUCUGAUCAAUAUUGGUGAUUCUGAAGUGGAUUUUUGGAUUACCCCAGUCAUACAGGGAUUUGUACAGAUUGAAGAGCUUGUAGUUAAUUAUAAUGAAGCUUCAGAUGAAGAGAAAAGCAGUCCUGAGACACCACCUCAGGAGUCCAUUUGUGUGGAUGACAUUUAUCCAUGUUUUCUUGUGGCGCUUAUCUCCCGUAGAAGUCGUCAUAGAGCAGGGAUGCGUUACAAAAGGAGAGGGGUUGAUAAAAACGGGAAUGUGGCAAAUUAUGUGGAGACGGAACAACUGAUUCAUGUCCAUAACCACACCCUCUCAUUUGUUCAAACAAGAGGCUCUGUCCCUGUGUUCUGGAGUCAAGUUGGUUAUAGAUACAAUCCCCGGCCACGAUUGGACAAAUGUGAAAAGGAAACUAUCCCCUACUUCCGUGCACAUUUUGAAGAACAAUUGAAAACUUACACAAAACAGGUUAUCGUUAACUUGGUGGACCAGGCUGGACGGGAGAAAAUUAUUGGUGAUUCUUACCUUAAACAAGUUUUACUGUACAACAAUUCAAGCCUUACAUAUGUUUCAUUUGACUUUCAUGAACACUGCCGUGGAAUGAAGUUUGAAAAUGUUCAAACACUGACAGAUGCCAUAUCAGACAUUAUUACUGAUAUGAAGUGGUGUUGGGUGGACCAAGCUGGUGUGAUUUGUAAGCAGGAAGGAAUAUUCCGUGUUAACUGUAUGGAUUGUUUGGAUCGAACCAAUGUUGUCCAGGCUGCAAUUGCUCGUGUAGUUAUGGAACAGCAGCUGAAGAAAUUGGGUGUGAUGCCACCAGAGCAGCCUCUGCCUAUGAAAUGCAAUAGAAUCUACCAGUUAAUAUGGGCUAACAAUGGUGAUGCUAUAAGCAGGCAGUAUGCUGGAACAGCAGCUUUAAAGGGUGACUUCACAAGGACUGGUGAAAGGAAACUGGCAGGAGUUAUGAAAGAUGGAGUUAACUCUGCAAAUAGGUACUACUUAAACCGCUUCAGGGAUGCUUAUAGGCAGGCAGUCAUAGAUUUAAUGCAGGGCAUUCCUGUGACAGAAGAUCUCUAUUCCAUAUUUACAAAAGAGAAAGAACAUGAAGCUUUGCACAAAGAAAAUCUGAGAAGUCAUCAGGAACUAAUUAGCCAGUUACUACAAAGUUAUAUGAAACUGCUUUUACCAGAUGAUGAGAAAUUCCAUGGUGGUUGGGCACUUAUUGAUUGUGAUCCAAGCCUUAUUGAUGCCACUCAUAAAGAUGUGGAUGUUCUGCUUCUGCUUUCUAACUCUGCAUAUUAUGUAGCCUACUAUGAUGAUGAAAUAGAUAAAGUAAAUCAGUACCAAAGGCUGAGCCUUGACGAUUUGGAAAAGAUAGAAAUAGGACCUGAACCAACUCUCUUUGGAAAACCCAAAUUCUCAUGUAUGAGGCUCCAUUAUAAGUACAAAGAUACAAGUGGAUAUUUUCACACUCUUAGAGCUGUUGUGCGGAACCCUGAAGAGGAUGGAAAAGACACUCUUCAGUGCAUUGCAGAGAUGUUGCGAAUCACUAAACAAGCCAUGGGAUCAGAUGUACUCAUUGUUGAGAAAAAACUGGAGAGAAAGAGCAGCAAACCCCAUGAGGACAUCAUUGGCAUCAGAUCCCAGAACAGAGGUUCCCUGUCCCAAGGGAAGAAUUAUUUAAUGAACAAGUUCUCCUCUCUUAAUCAGAAAGUGAAACAAACAAAAUCAAAUGUAAAUAUCAGCAGUCUUAGAAAGUUUGGUAACUUUGCCAAGCCUGAAAUGAAAGUAAAUUUUUUAAAGCCCAAUCUGAAAGUAAAUCUUUGGAAGUCAGACAGUAGCCUUGAAACCAUGGAAAAUCCCAUGACUGAUACUAAGGUCUGUGCAGAAUCGGAUAUUGAGAUCUCUUCGGAUAAUGACUCGUUCCAUUCAGAUGACUUCCUUACAAAUUCUAAAUCUGAUGAGGAUCAGCAAUUUGUUGACUCCCUAGAGACCAUGGGACAGAUAGAUUAUGUUCUACCUAGUUGUGGUAUAAUUGCUUCUGUUCCUUGUCUAAGCAGUCGGUCCCAAUCUAUAAGCAGUGCUGACAUUGACAUUAACAUUCCAGUUCCUUCAGAAAUCCAUAUUGAACAGUGUGGAGACCAAACUAGCAGAUCUGAAUUUGCAGGCCAAGCACUUCAGGAAACUCCAUCCAAUGAGGAUGCAGCAGUGGAGUUUACGAAGCCAAUUGAAGCAUACUGCCACCAAUUUAUACAAGAUGCUCAAAAUAAGAUUACCAAUGCUUCGGAAAUAGAGGUCAUGUCUCAGGAACCUCACCAGAAUAUGGAUCGCAUUAGCAAUAAUUCUAAGAAAAUGGACCCUUGCUUUGGAAAAACUAAAGAGAUUCCUUCUAGACCUUCUAAAUUAGAUGUCCCACUUACAGAGCCAGGCUCACAGCUCUUAACAGUUCAACCGGUUAAUUCUGUUACACCUUGCAAGACCCCAGGCUCUGCAUCUAGUGUUCUUGAAGCUGAGCCAGGGUUUCUUAUGACCCCUUCACCAGCAGAGAAUAAUGGUAGCAGGGCAGUCUCUCCCUUUGCAAAGAUUCGCAGCUCCAUGGUUCAGGUGGCUAAUAUUACACAAGCUGGUUUGACUCAAGGAAUUAACUUUGCAGUAGCUAAAGUCCAGAAGAGCCCAGUGGACUCAGAGUGUGUAAAUGAGAUUCAGCAGAAUGAGCUGAGAGAAAUGUUUACACAGUGUCAGACACGAAUAAUUCAGAUCUAGUGUCUGAGCUGCUAUAUAUUGCUAAACAAAGUUAACGAAGCCCUUGGGGAAAACUGAUAGCCAUUGAGCAUUGGUAUCAAAAUUACUCCAGUAACUAUGUUUACAGAAAGGCUUGGGAUAGAAGAGAACUGAAUUCUGAACUGGUUUCAGAACUAUCUUCUGGUACUGUUCUGGUGAAAAUAAAAUUCUUUAAAACAAGUAGCUCAUACACCACGGUUGAUGUGCAUGCUAGUUUGAGUGAUCAAUUGCACAAUUACCUUUUUUAAGAUCAGUUUUGAUAGCUGUUCUGAUUUCUGUAGAAUAUUUAUAUUGAGGGCUUGGCACUGAGUACUUGUUACCUUACUAAUCUUGCACUGUACUAAUGAAAUAUUUUACUCACAGAUUACAUUCUUUUUAUUUUUCAAACUAACUUUUUUAUUUAAGGUUUUAACUUGUGUUCCUUGAUGUUCUAGUUGCAUUCCUAAGGAAGUAGUCUCUGCUGAUAAAUAUGCAUACUAGGGGUUUACUUCUUCCUACCUCCUUUAAUUUACUUCUAUGGUAUCUUGGAGCAAUCUAAUAUAGUAAUGUUUAAAUGCUUGCCGUGCAGCUACUGAAAGUUUCUUUUUUUCAAAAAAGUCUUGUAUGUGUAUCUGAAAACUAUUGUGUGUCUUCUAUUUAAUGAACCUAGCUCUGCUGUUGACCAAAAGCCUUUGAGGAAGUACAAGGGUUCUUGUCGUCAGAAAUAAUUGGUCAGGUAAACUGUGUCCAAGACAUUAGAAUAGUUUCAAAACAUAACCACCAAAAAUAACACAGUAAAUAUAUACAACCUUAAAAUUAUACUGCUGAUAUUUAAAACUAGAUUAAUCCAAAGGAUUUCAAAGCAGUUCAAGUAGUUGUAAUCCAUUGUGAGAUCAUCUCAGCCUUUAUAACAUUGGUAGGGAAUGAGACCAUACUUAAUGUUUGUCCUGGGAUUCCACAAGUCUGAUGUGUUGGGAUACACAUUCCUUUAGUGCUUACUGGCAUAUCCCAGAACAGUCUUGUGGCUGGUGUUCUCUAGUAGAAUGUAGCGGCAGGAACAGUAACAUUGGAUUCUGCUAUCUUGUGCUUCAUAGCCUUAUUAGUCCUCCAGUCCCGAGCCAGGAUCUCUAUAUGUUAGUACACGUGUACUAUAGCUAGGCUGCACGUGGUGUUCUAAGCAGUUAACAAAUGACAUCAUGAUAGUAGUGUCUUUGAACAUCUCUAAUAACAGAAGUGAUCAUCAACUUAACCUGAUUGUCUUUUUGUUGGAAUCUUUUGAUACUGUUUCCAUUUUGUUAUUUAUUUCUUACUUUGUGAUAUGUUUUCUUUUUGGAGUGUCUGUACAAAUUUGUGACUAUUUAAGAUAAAAUUGUAUUGUUUUAAUGUGAGACAUGAAAAUAUUUUAAUAAAAAAAUGAUACGU